CGCCUGCAUGCAUUUCAGCAGGCCGGUCCUUUCUUGCCUUCGAAACCAUAGACUCGCUCCUCCUCUUCCCUAGACGCUGCAUUUUGAAUUUUGCUGCUGCAACCGGGAUUUUUGGCUGGCGUCCACGUGGGAGCGGGUGAAGUUUUUCUCUUGCUGAAGUGAGGUGUGGGGGCUGUGAGCACCUGUGUAGCCCCUGGUUUCUUGAGACCUUCCAAACCUGCUUCCUUUGAGCCCAGUCAGGUGAAAUAAAUGGACUAAUUCUGGCUCAGAGAGGGAAGCGUCCUGCCACUCACUGCUUGGAUGCAGAAAGGAACUGAGGCUUUCUUAACAUGUGGCCAGAACUGGACUGAGAUUGACUGUGACAGGAGGAAAUGUCCUCAGAGCAGGAGGCUGUGACAACUGUGGGCCUCCUCUUUGAGCCUGUGGAAGACGAGGGGAUCACAAUAGCUGGAAAGACCCUGCAUGUGGCCCAGGAUGGGACUACCGGCGAGUUUGUGAGUUGGGUCCCUUCAGAGCAGGGAAGCCAAGAGGCAGAGGAGGGAUUGGCCCAGACCUGGGAAGUCCAAUGGCAGGAGUUCCUGAAAUCAGUUCACAACCCUUAUUGCAGGAACCCAGAGUCACCGAAGACCAUGCGGUGGGAAGUUACCAGGUCCUCUCUGGUUCCUUCGGAAUCAGGGGCUGCUUCUGGCAGCUGGCCAGGAGAAGAGGGGGCCCUCGGCCUUUCUCCUGGCGAGGGACCCCCAAAUAUCUCAAGCAGCGUCGACUCUGGGGAAAGAAGAGAUGGCACAGAAGCAGAGGGGGAGACCCCAAGCAAGGGUGUUGCUGAUGGAGAAAUGCAACGCCAACAUUUCAGGCAGUUCUGCUACCAAGAGGCUGAGGGACCCCAAGAGGUUUACAUCCGCCUCUGGGAACUUUGCUGUCAGUGGCUGCAGCCGGAGAGACGCACCAAGGAGCAGAUCCUGGAGCUGGUGGUGUUGGAGCAGUUCCUGGCCAUCCUGCCCCCGGAGAUCCAGAGCUGGGUCCAGGAAAGCCACCCAGAGAGUUGCUUCCAGGCGGUGGCCCGUGCGGAGGAUUUCUUGAUGGGGCAGCGGGAGACCGAGGAAUGGGAGCCGCAGGUGCUGGAUCCAUCCACGGAGGUGGCUGUGGGUUUCUCCAGUGUGGACCAAGCUCUCCUGGACCUGUACAAGGAGGUGAAGCAAGAGGGUGACCAGGAUGCUGGCUGGCUGGGAGGUGAGGCACUGUUGAAUGUAGAUGGCGUUGAAAGACCUGAGUGGGAAGAGCUGGAUGUGGAUUUUGGAGAUCCAGGUGAACCAGAGAAUUGGGAACAAAGCCCAGUGGAGAUGUGGAGGAAUUCAUUGAGUGCUGGUAGCCGGGAUGACCAUUCUGAGACUGCUGUUUCACCCCCACAGACAAGAGAGAACACUGUCUUUAGAAAACGCUUUGCCCCUAAACUCAACCACAGUAGGCGUCAAAGGAUCCACAUGGGGCCAAAGCCCCACAAAUGCACCGAGUGUGGGCGGUCCUUCACCCGGAGAGCAAACCUUUUCCGUCAUCAGACGCUCCACACAGGGCUAAGGGCGCAUCUUUGCACGGAUUGUGGCCGAAGGUUCACGCGGCGAGAAAACUUAGUCCGGCACCUGAAGAUCCACACAGGUGAUGGAUGGGUGAUUGAGAAUGAGGGGGAUCAACUUUGGACUCCCCCAAAGGCAGAAGAGACCCCUGGAAAUCAAAGGCAAAAAGGGGACAGAAGACGCCAAACAGAGAAUGAGAAACAAAAGUCCGUCACUGGCCCGAAUGGCGACUUCUUUGAAAUUUCUGUCCCACAAGUGGUACAUGAAGGGACGCAAAAGAAUAAAUGCCCCAUUUGCCGAAAAGCAUUUAUUCACCUGUCAAGCCUUACAAGACAUCAGAGAAUCCACCACCCGGAAGUGAAGUUGCUUUCUUGUUCAGAUUGUGGGCGGAAUCUGGGCCAGGGGGCAGAUUAUAGAAGACUUGAAGCCACGCCUGCAGGCGAGAAAGUAUAUAAAUGCUUUAAGUGUGAAAAGAGACAUUCGGUCAAACUUCAUACUCACAAGAAAAGCAGUACAGGGAAGAAACCACACAAAUGCUUAGACUGCAAUUAUAGCUUCAGCUGCCGGUCACACCUUCUCAGACAUCAAAGAAUCCACACGGGAGAGAAACCUUAUACCUGUUCAGCCUGUGGGAAGAGCUUCCGUCAGACUGCGCACCUUGUGAAGCAUGAGAGGACACACAGAGGACAGAAACAGUAUUUAUUCUGACAUUUGGAAUAGCUGGACAGUUUUAGUUAGCAGUGCAUCCUCUCACUUGUUUGCAAUGGUGAAGUGCAGGGGUGGAAUUCUAGCAGGUACUCCUUUGCAUAUUAAGCCACACACCCCUGAUGUAGCCAAUCCUCCAAGAGCUUACAGGGCUCUUCUUAUAGGGCCAACUGUAAGCUCCAGGGGGAUUGGCUACAUCAGGGGGCUGUGGCCUAAAAUGCAAAGGAGCUCCUGCUAGAAUUCCACCCUGGUGAAGUGUAACUACAUUUGUGCAUUCAUUUCCUAGCAAACAAACUGGAAAAGCAUAAUUCAUUAGUUCAGUUCAUUUUUUCUGGUGCGUGGCAGUCUCGUUCGAGAAUUCAAAGAUGAAACAGAGAGAAAGCAGGAGAUAAGAAACUGACAUAGAAGUUUUCCAAUCAGCACAGCCAAACAGGUCUCACAAGAGAAGAGGUUAUAGAGGAGGGUAGAGGGGAAGGCAAGAGAGUUAGGGGUAGGCAAGAGACAGGAACAAAGAAAGAGGCUUUUCCACUGGGGGAAAAAUGUUAAUUGUAAAAGCCAGUGAGAAUGAUAAUAAAUACAGCAAAAACAAAA